CUCUUUUAUUUUUCGGAUAUGAAAGUGAUAGAUUCCCAAAAUCCAUCUAUCAAUGUUUGGAACUAAAAGAAAAAACAUUUAUGUUUCGGCUGCAAUUAGAUGAUUUUGAUGGUCGGUUUCUGUUUUUGCUAGGGAUUUCUGUUUUCACUAGGGCUUUAGGAUUUCUGCAUAAGGAUUUGCGGAAGGGUUAAUUAGCUCUCAAUUAUGGAUAGCAUAAGUGAGUUGCCCGAUGCAUUGCUCUUGAAAAUAUUAUCUUUACUGCCUACUGCAAGAGAUGUUGUGGCCACAAUGGUUUUGUCCAAACGAUGGCAACCGCUUUGGAUGAUGGUGCCAAGACUCGUAUAUGAUGAUAGCUAUCAGAAUCUCGAAUAUGGACGUUUUUCGUGGUUUGUAGACAAGUCUUUGUUUCUGCACGAGGCACCAGUUAUAGAAACUUUGCAUUUCAGACUUGGUAAAACAUGUGGUAGUGGAGAUAUUCGAGUGUGGAUUAGAGCUGCUGAUAAGUGCUCUGUGCGUAGGCUGAUUCUCGAGUUCGACAGCUCUUCUAGUGCAUCUCCAGCCAUACUUCCAAGGAGUUUGUACACAGGGUGUAGAGUGUUUGCGAUCUUGUACACAUUGCAGGAUGCAUAUCCUGAUGGUAGUAUCUUCUGCUGUCUUGUUUUUCUUACGAUAGGAACUUGGGAAAGUGAGUGGUUGAAUCUACUUAUGUGUGUUCUCAAAGACUCACCUAAUUUACGAGCUCUCAAACUUGAACAGGGCCAUAGUGGUCCGGGUCCCCAACCACGCCCGUGCUGGAGUGAACCGAGUUCAAUCCCCGAAUGUGUGAUAUCGAGUCUUCAAACUCUCGAAUGGACAGAAUAUGAAGGAGCAGAAGAAGAGAAAGAAGUAGUAGCAUUCAUUUUAAGAAACGGAAGCUGUUUAAAGAAGGUAACCAUCUCCUCAAAAUCCACAGACCGCGACAAGAAACUUGAGAUGGUCAAGGAGUUGGCAUUUUUGUCAAGGCGUUCACCUACAUGUCAUCUUACAUUCGAGUGAAGUAAUUGUGGUCAAGCAACAUGUAUCAGAAAUUCUUAUGUUUUCCUUUUCCAAAUUCAGCUCUUGAAUUUGUUAUGUUCUUUCUCUACGUCUUUACUAAGAAACAAAGAAAUACUAUCUUCCUAGGUUUAUCUCCAUGAUUAUCAUCUUGAUCUUGUGGUUUUUGCUCCAAUUCUUGUGUCAAUCACUAAAAGGAUAGUGACGGUGCACAUGGAGCCACACAUGUGGCUUUUUCAAUGUGAUGAUCUUUACCAUUAGAGUGUCAUAUUUAAUAAAUUUAUGGUUAACUUCUACAUCAAAAAAAAGAAGUUUAAGGCGAUGC